CCGACCGUUGGGAGCAAAAUCCAUCCCCACCCUUAAAACCUCGCACCGCGCCGACGAGGAGAGAGAAACCCCGCCGCCGCCGCCGCCGCCCCCGCGCGAGCAUCGUUGGUGAACGAAAGUUGCUGUUCGACUUCGACCAGGUGCUUGAUCCAUGGACCGCCGGCCGCCGCUCGCCGUCUCGCCGCGCAGGCUGCGUCCGCGCCCGCACCGCUCCGCCGCCGCCGCGCGACCACCCGUGGCAUGCUCCGUCCAGACCACGCCAGGAUCGAUCAAGAAAGCGUCUACCCCGAUGCGCUCGUCCAUCUGCGCGCUCCCGACGGCUUGCCUUGACCCCAGCCCGCGCGCGAAGCUGGACUUCGCCGCCGUUCCCUCGCCGGCAAGAGCGGCGGCUGCGGCGGGGAAGGAGAACCGCUACGUUAAGGACGAGUUGGCUCGGGACCUCGCCGUUCCGGCCAUGCCCACCUGGACGGCAGCGCCGCCGACUAGCCCGCUGUUCGAGAGGGGCAGGCUCUACGACCUCUACUCGGCGCGGCGCAACGAGCGGCUCAAGCGCAAGCACGGGUUCCCCGUCGUCGAGGAGGAGGCGGAGGCGAUGGCCGCCGACCCCUGCGUCGCCGUCGAGCUCUCCAAGCGGCGGGGCGCCAAGAAGGCCGGCGCCGAGUCCGUGAGGCGGUCCAUGCCCGCGGCGGCCGCGGAAUUCUCCUACUCCAGCCGCGCCACCACUACCCUGGGCCUGAGGUCCUCUCUGCGCACCAGUAAGGAGAUGAAGAAAGCCUCCGUGCCGUCCUUCACCGGCGCGAAGUCGUCGGUGAUCAAGGACAGAAGAGCAAGCACUCGAUCCUCGGCUCGAAGGUUCUAAUCUGACCUUGGAUAAUCAGUGUCUGAUCCAAUGGAGUUGAUAAAAGAUCUUAUCGAUCUUUUCUACUGGUUUGGCUGAUGAUAUGUUGAUAUCCUGAAACUGUCUGCUUCAUGUCAGUUUGGGUACUGAGGUUGGAGUUGGUUUGGGGAGCAAUAUGGCUUGAUAUCUUGGAUUUUUGGUAUAGAAAUUGCUGAAUAAGUUGGAUACAUCUUUACUGAAAUCCAUACUAGCAUUUCUCUUUUGUUGCUCCGGGUGUACAUUCAUUUGUUGGUGCUAUGGUUUGUUAUCAUGAUCUCAUGGUAUCCUGAAUACUGAUUGAUGAAUUUGAGUGCUUGUUAUUGCUAUG